GUAUUUCCAUUAUUAGUGUCAUUCCCGCAGCACUAGAAAGUAGAUAUUGAAAUUCUAGCACAGAGUAUUUUUGUGAAUCUCAGAAACAACUGGCUUCCCGGCAACGGUAUUGUCUGACCGGAGGAGGGAGGAAUGAGAGGAAGCACUUUGUGAACCAUGUCAAGGGAGUGAAAAAGCUGAAGUAGUAUGCAGCAAGAUUCCUUAAGACGCUUUAUGCCGGGGAUGCUUGGUUUUGCUACUUGAAAGACAAGUUUUUAUUUAAGAAACAUAUUAGCGUCAUAAAUCAAGGCCAGCACAACACAGGAGUGCCAGUAAGUAUAUAAGAUAUUGGACGAUGUGUGGCGGGCGUCAAUCCUGUUUUGACUUGGGCCACGGGUAGGUCACCACCACCAUUCCAUCAUCAUCACCAUUGAUAAAAAUUCAAAUUCUAUCAUGCAAGGGACCGCCCUAGCUCUCACCUUCCUCCUCCUCCUCCUCCUGGUGAGAAGCACUUCAGCAGCGAACGAGGGGCAGCUGCAGGUGCUAAGCGACGUGUUGUCCGGUCCCGCCCGCGGGAAGCCGCUGACGCUGCACCUGGACACCACCCUUCCAGCAGACGUGCAGCGGGCAGUCAUGGGCUUGGAGGUGGUACGCCGCACGCCGCAUCUCACCCUUACCCUCAGCCUCAGUGAUAGCCGGUGGCAGUCGAUGCUUGGUGGUAGUUCCUUCAUCUUUUCUAAGAUGCUGCAUGUAUUGUUGUGGUUCACGCCGCGGCCCGAGCUGCUACAGUCUCUGUGGCUCUACUGGAAGCCCCGAAACCUGCUGCUCUUCAGCCUGGGGCCGUCACCCGGCACCGACCUGCUGCGGCACGAGGCGCUCAGCGGUGUGGAGAAUGUGGCGCUCAUCGGGCACCUCUCGGCCCAGGCGGACCCACGCCUCGACGCCCUUUGGGUGCACACGGUGCUGCCCUUCUCCCCCGGCGGCGUACAGCUCCUCGGCCCGUGGCGGCGCGAGGCCUUCGCCAGCUGGGAAGCUCUCUUCCCGGACAGGUUCCCGUCCUUCGAGGGAUACACUUUUCACAUAGCAACUUGGUUUUUUGAUCCACCUUUCCUGUACAACAAACCGUCAGCCCCCGACGUUGGUAUCGGAUAUUACCGUCAUUUGCUGAAAGCCAUUUCUUCUAAGCUGAACUUUACGUACACCCUGACCCGAGAGCCCCCAGACUUGAAGUGGGGUGUUAUCGAAAACGGGUCAUGGGUGGGUUGUUUAGGCAUGGUUGCGAGGAAGGAGAAAAAUUUCACACUUAAUGGACUUUUCAUAUCAAAAGAAAGAGUAGCAUAUUUUGAGCCGUCUGAUAUUGUUGGAAGAGAACACGCCAGUGUGUUCAUGCCCAGUCCCAUGCCCGUUCCGGAAUGGCUCAGCAUCGUGCGGCCCUUCAGCCCCUCCACCUGGGCCUCCUUCGUGGUGGUCGUUGUCAUCGCUGUUGUUUUCAUGGUGUCUUUGGUAAGUGUUUAUUCUCUUACAGUAAUUGUAAUAUAUUGUUUACUCUUUAAAGUUUGUCAUGCUCUAAAUAUUUUGCCAAAGUGAUGAAAACGAAGAGUUUUAUGUUGGUAUGUUGGUAGGGGCGGAUCAGGUGCUGCGUGUUAUUUGUGGGUUAUAUGCCAUAUGGUUUCCCUAACCUGUUCUCUCCGUAGGAGCGGACGACGGCGGGUCGCCGGCGGCAGCCUUCACUAGAUGGUGGGGCAGCAGUGUGGCAGGACUUGCCACGCGCCUUGGUGUCCCAGGGCAUCCCCACCCUGCCCGAAGCCCAGUGGCAGCGGGUGUUCGUGGCAGUGUGGCUCCUCGCCUGUCUGGUAGCCACGGCCGCCUACACCUGCAACCUGGUGAGCAUCUUCACCACUACUAUCUACCAGAGGCGCCUACGCACUCUCCAAGAGUUGCUCAACAGCCACUACAGGAUAGCGGUGUUGUAUAACGGCGGCUACUUGGAGCACAUGGUGCGCUACACCCCGGGACCGCUGUAUGAUCGGCUGCGACAAAAAAUGGAGGUAUACUAUGAACCGGAUGAAGCUCUGGCAGUUUUGCAGAGAGGCAGACAUGCUUUAAUUGCAUAUGAAACUAACACAAAACUGAAAAUUAUGAAGGCGAUGCGGGUAUGAUUUACUUUUAGGUCACCUUUUUCGCUCGUGUCUCACUUGCUCCAGACUCAUGUGCCUCAUUUUGCGGUGUCGCCGUCCACCUCCAUGCUCCAUUACCUCACUUUCGUACCAGUGCCUGGCCCCUGCACAAGGAAUGCUGCAAAAACACCAGUAAAGGCACAGCAGUCUUUGCAUGUAAACUCCAGGUCCCGCUCUGACUAACAAGACAAUGUCAUCUGCAAACAAACUUGCCGCUGAUGGCUAUUCCCCACCAUUUAUACUCAGUUUUACACCACUAUCCCGAACCCUUCCUCUCUAUCAUGCGUCCAUCCAUGUAUACACAUAAAAGCAGACAGACAUCACACACCCAGACACGGCCACGCAUCAAUCAGUGCUUUCACAGUCAGGCCUUGGAUUGGCCUCGAUAGAUCCCACAUACAUGGUUCCUACCAGCCCUGCCGUCUGAUCUUUAUGUCAAAUUCCUCAAUUGAUAUUAAUGAUGUGCCCAGAAAAAAAAAAUGUAAAAAGAUAAAAGAAAAUCAGAAAGAAGUUACCAAAACUAUUGUGAAUGACAUAAUACCCUUGUCUAUGUGAGGCAGCACUAAUCCUCUGUCAUUUUGCUUCAGCUCGGUGGGACGACCUUAGGGUGUACUUUCCGAAUUCCUGUUGUGGAAUGAUUACUGCUUUCAGGACAGAAAAUCCUCUGACUGUGCCCAGCGCACACAUUCCACGUACUUUCUCUAUUCCUUUUGUUAAAAAGCCUUGGUUUAAUCACGCUUGUUCUCGUGCUAUCAAAGACAGAGAGGCAGCUGACAAAAGGUACCAGAGCCUUCGCACUCCUGCUGACCAUGAUCUUUACAUUUUUGCACGGAAUCGUGCCAAAUCUGUUCUCCGACUUACCAAUAAUCCUUUUUAUCAAUAGAAAAUGCCACAACCUAUCUUUUUUCUAAUUCUUCCUGAGACUUCUGUCACCUAGCCAAAUAUAUCUCCAACAAUUUCACUUCUUCAUAUUUCCCUUAUCUCUUUAGUCCUGAUGGCAGCGCUGCUGCCACAUCUGUCUAAGGCUGAACUCUUCGCUCAAAUUUUCUCUAAAACUUCACAUUUGUACGAGUCAUAGCAUAUUUCUCUCACUCGUUCCCCCUUUGACUCCACUAUGCCUGUUAUUAAAAUUUUUAAGAGUAAUAUUUUCUAUGCCCUCUCUUUCCUCAAUCCUCAGCAGGCUAAUGGGCCUGAUGGAGUGCCUCCUAAUGUCCUUAAAAACUGUGCUUCCUGCUGGAAGUACGCCUACAUACAGCCUGUUCCUAAGAAGGGUGACCGUCCUGUAGAUUGACUUUCCUGUCUUCCUAAAACUUUUGAAUUAAUCCUUAACCAGAAGAUUCUUAAGCAUCUAUCAACUUCUGACCUAUCUGUUCGCAAGUAUUGGUUUUGCAAAGGGCGUUCUACUAGUGAUCUUCUUUCCUUCCUAACAGACUCCUGGUCAUCCUCUUUUAGCCGUUUCGGUGAAACUUUUGCUGUUGCCUUAGACAUAUCAAAAGCUUUUGACAGAGUCUUGCACAAGUCUUUGCUCUCUCAAUAAUUAACCUCCUACGGUUUCUUUCCCUCUCUUUGUACCUUUAUCUUCAGAGUCCAUUCCGGCCGAUCUAUCACUCCUGUGGUAGACGGUCACUGUUCUUCCUCUGAACCUGUCAACAUUGGUGUCCCGCAGAGCUGUGUCCUAUCUUCCACUCUCUGUCUGUAGUUCUUUAAUGAUAUUUCCAUAAAAUGCUGCCCUAUCCACUCCUAUGUCUCAGAUCUAACUAUUAUUUCCGAUUGGGGAAAAAGGAACUUGGUGUCCUUCAGUGCCUCAAUAACUCAAUUUCUCCACCUAUCAACUCGACAUAAUCUUCCAAACACUUAUCCCCUAUUCUUCGGAAACACACGGCUGUCCCCUUCUUCUACAAUAUACAUUCUCGGUCUAUCCUUAACUCAAAAUCUUAACUAGAAACUUCAUAUCUUCUCUCUCGCUGAAUCAGCUUUCUGGCGGUGCCUUCUGUAUCUUCUCCACCAGUUUUUCUUUUCCCGCUCUCAUGCUG